CUGGUUUUUCCGAGCCAUUGGAAUAGUAGCAUAUCCAGAGAUCCUGAAAAAGUCGAUGGCGAGACCGUUUACCGUUCCCGGGCAGCGGAAAAACGACCAGAUGAUCUACUUCAACCCCAAACCUUAUCUUCCGAAAGUGAUACCGAGGCUGUGCGGCGGCUCCCAGCUGGACACGGAGACGCACAGCUAUAUCGUGACCGGGAGCCUGGGCUGUGGCGGCUUCGGCGAGUUGUGGCUGGUACGCGACCGGAAAUCGCAAGAGCUCGUCGCCAUGAAGGUCGAGCAUAUGGGGAGGACCGAGAAUGCGAUGCGGCUGCAA